AUGGACAAAGGAAAAGGAAUAUUGUAUGAAGACGACACUGCAGCGAAUAAUCCUGGAGAAUCAUCUGAGGAGUAUGUAAGAGUGGUUACAUUAGCUGAUUAUGAAGAUGAGCCAAUUUCCUCUUGGGACUGGAGGGAAUACCCCGGUGUUCUUGGACCCAUAGUAGAUCAAGUUUGUCAAGCUAUUUGCUGGGCCGUUGCGCUAGUGAGAACGGUACAAGCACUCUUCAACAUAGGAGUCCGCCUUGAACAACAACUGGAGUUGUCGAUUCAACACAUUGUGAAUCAAGUGAAGACUUCUGGACUGAAUGACAUAGAGGAUGCUGAUAUCGAAGAAAUGGUUCGAAGACAACCUGUUCUGGCUCUCAUUCCAUUCACCGAAGCGCUACUAGACUACAACUAUAGAGAAAACUGGCUUUACCGACAUGAUCGCACCCAAGAUAGUGAUUCCCCGAUACUACACAAUGUCAUCAUUGUGGGCUAUGGAGAUCGACAUGGAAGACCUUACUGGAUUGUUCAAAACUCCUGGGGAGCAAAUUGGGGAGAUGGUGGAUACGCUUAUGUGUAUCGUCAGCCUGUACGAGGUCGCUCACAGUCUCAAUUUGCUGCAGUGAUCUAUCCAAACAAGAGAGGCUAUCCAAAAGAUUCAGAACCAAAAAAUUAA